GUUUCUACAUUUAAGAUAAAAUAAGUAUAUAUUUAGUCACUGGGGAAAAAGAGAAAAAGUCGAAAGAAAGAGCUGCUGGAAAGAACAGACUUCAUACAUGGAUUGUGCGAGCAUUACGUGGCGUACGAUAACGGGAGGAAAAAAACAUCACGGCGCAGCCAUAAUCCCGUUAAAAAGACGCAUAACGUGUCGUAGAACCGCGUAACUGCGAUCGACCGGUUGACACAACAUCGGUUGCCGUUGGGUGAGCACACGCAUCGUUGCGUUCAUGUCCAUGUUAUGUCGCCGUGUUUGACAUUAGGACUCGUUGCGUCAGCUCCACGCUUUAACGAGGCCGCUGCUACCGCCGCGCGAGCGACAGUCGCGCGCGCCUCUUAUUGUGACAGCAGCUGGGACGAUGGGGUUAGGGAGGCGACUCGUAAUCAUCCUCGUCGUCGGUCUGCUGCUCUGGCAGACUUCAAAGAUCUGGCUGGCAUUCCUAGAAGACGGCGCCGCCACGCAAGAUGGACAAGCGGAGACAGCGUUGAGUCAGAAGAAUGAUUCGGUCCGAGAGAAAGUACACGUGGCCGUGUAUUACGAAGCACUAUGCCCGGAUUCGCGUAGUUUUAUUAUACGGCAAUUAGGACCGAUGUACCGAACACUUUCGGCGAAUGUGGAAAUUGAAUUGAUACCGUUUGGAAAGGGCGGGAUGAGGAAAACAAACGAUGGGUACGUAUUCAAGUGUCAGCACGGACCGAUCGAGUGUAAGGCGAAUAUCAUACACGCAUGUUCCAUCGAUGUCAUCGAGGACCCAUCGAUACGACUACAAUUUGUGACCUGCAUGAUCGAGAAUAACAUUGAUCCGGUAGGGAUAAUGAAUACCUGUGCCGAGCGCAUAACCGUGAAUCUGGAGUCUAUCAAGAAAUGUUCGAACACGCAAAGGGGAAAGGAACUCUUGGCCAAGUAUGGGCAGAUGACGUACUCGCUUGUGCCACAAGUGUAUUUUAUACCAACAGUUACCCUCAACAAGAGUUCCAUGUAUCAGACAAAAAUACUGAAACACUUGCAGAUGGCGGUGUGCGAGCACUUCAAAGUUAUACCAAAAGAAUGCGGAUUGUGAGAGUACACCUGGUGCAAUGUCAGCAAAACAUAUCUGCAUAAUCAUCGAAUCAAUCUUGUUAUUGUGUUACGUGAUGAGUUUAAAAAAAAUAUGUACAAAAAAUAUAGUAGUAUUUUUAAAAAAAAAAGAUAUCCUAUUUCUGUUAAGUUUUUGACGCAUACAAAUCUAUCGCUAGACAUAAACACAUAAAAUAAGAGCUGUGGAAUUCAUGUGAAACUCCAACGAAACGCUGUGCAAGAGCGCUAUAAUAUCCCGUAGCUGUUUCAUUCGCGUUCACUAACUAUUCUAAACCGUCAUUAUUUAUUUCGGGGAGAUAAAAUCGCUUGUAUUAUAGAUAAACACCAGUUUGCUCCCAUAUAAGUAUAUAGGAACAAUUUAUUAACUUAAUAUCAACACUUUAUACAAACUGUGCCGCUUUAUUAUGUACGACAAGAAGUGAAGAACGCCUUUGAGAUACGGCAGAGAAUAUACUUACAUACACUAGAAACAAUGUUCGAAUUAGAGUCUGAGAAAUCAAGAAGCAUUAAUCGAACGGCUGUAAUCGUUCAAAAUAAUAAAAAAAAAAAGAAAGAAAUAUAGGACACCGAGUCUGUGCUCGAAGUAAAUUCGAUAAAAAUAUUUCCUCAUCUUGCAACAUACAACGUCUCCUUGUUUAUGUCACAACGAACUUGAUUGCUUUAAGAAGUACAAUUAAUAUAACGAACGAACGAAAACUCACUUCGUCGAUCGAUUUUACGUUCGUAUGUACACAUUGAAAUAAAUACAACGUUCGAUAUAGAAGCAGGAUGUGUCUUGGUACCUGCGCAAGCAAGCAAAUAUGGUAUAAACGAUAUCUUUUUUUUUUUUU